AUGGCGGAUAUUCGGGAGAGAACCCGAAAAGUGCCUCAGUACACACUGAUUAUUCAAGCCACUGACAUGGAAGGAAAUCCCACGUAUGGUCUUUCUAACACAGGCACUGCUGUUAUCACCGUCACAGAUGUCAACGACAACCCUCCCGAGUUUACCUCUGACACCUUCUUUGGUGAGGUACCAGAGAACCAAGUCAAUGUUAUUGUGGCCAACCUGACAGUAACAGACAAAGACCAGCCCAACACAGGAGCGUGGAAGACGAUCUACAAGAUAACAGCCGGUGACCCCAUGGGCCAUUUCUCUGUGCCCACUGAUCCUGUUUCUAAUGAAGGACUAGUGACUGUCGUCAAGGGGGCACAGCUCACCCUGGCACUGGUACGCCAGGGUGAUGGCAUCAACCACCCAAUGGGCCAACCUCUGUUUGAAGACAGCAUUCCCCUUCUGCUGUCCCCCAAAGCAGACAAAGAGCUGCUCAGAGUGUCUGAAGCUCCGGGUGCAGUCCACGUAAAUGCGAAGAGCGCGAACGGGACACAGCAACCCUAA